AUGAAGACACUUCACUCGAUCGCACACGGCUUUCUAGUUUGCUUUGUAUUAUUUGAAGCAGUAACAAGUACCCCACAACUACACAAAGCAUCGGAUGGCAGGGAAUAUCUUAUCGAAACUGAUCUAAAGUACAACUGGUAUCAGGCCUACCACGAAUGUGCCCGCAAAGAUUCCCAACUUGUGGUCAUUGAUACAGCUGAAAAAAAUAAUGCCAUUAUUGAGCUGUUGAAAAAAGUUGUUGGCAAAUCCUCAAACUUAUGGCUGGGCGGCAAUGAUGAAUACAGUUCGAGUCGUGAUUUCAAAAGAUCCUUCUUUUGGUCACCUACCGGAAAAGAAUUCAGUUUCAGCUUUUGGUCAGACAAAAACCCGGACAACUACCGACAUCGAGAACAUUGUGUGCACAUCUGGGACCUUAAGCCUCUAUAUCAGUGGAAUGAUAAUGAUUGCACUAGAGACAUGGGUUUUAUAUGUGAAGAAAAUCACUAUUUGGAAAGCUACAAUAAAGAUCUGAAAAAUAAAUGUAAUGCUGUCAAACGGACAAGUUCGGCCAUUUCGAAUGAUUUUGAUCAGACCCAAAAGCAACAGAUUUCGGAAAUAAAUAAAAAACUACAAAAUUUCGAGAGUGUAGGUGAUGGCUGGAAAAUAGAAGUGCAACAGCUGCACAAUUCUACACAAACUGCUAUACAGAAAAUAUUCGACGAACAACAGAUCACGGUGCAACAAUUGACUGAGAAAAUGGUGAAACAAGUGCAUGAAUUGAAUGCCCAAUUGAAGAAGUCAACUACGGACAUAAGUGCACAGUUUGCCAAAAAGUUGAAAGUAAAACAAAGUGAAAUAAAUAAAAUAUGUUAA